UCUUUUGGUAGUACAAACAGCGUGCUCACCAAGCAAAUGAAGAAAACCUCACUCCGUCUGAACGCAAAAUUUUGAAAUCCCCAAGCUCAGGAAAAGAGAAAUACACUGAAAUUGAUUUCUCCUUCGGUCGGAUAUUCUACUUAUUUGAUCUGAGUUCGGUUGUUGUAUAUGAGUGGCGAAUGCUCUAUUAUCAAUGGAAACAGUAGUAGGUAUGCUUGGAGAUGAUGAUGCUAGAAGUGAAGAUUUUCCGUUGCAAGACACUGCUGAUCCUGUUGUUUAUCAGCUUGUUCGGGUUGAUGGCAAUGGGAGAUUAGUACCUGCAACAGACGAUGAGGUUAUAUCAGCCAAAGACUUGCUCGAAGAUGAUAAAUGUAAAGUAAGAGAUAUAGAUGCUGGUCAGACUCUAGGAUGCAGCAUAAAUAGUGGGAGUAAAUCGUGUGGUUCAAAAAGAGCUGAGGUUGAAGGCUCAGGCCAGCCACAGCUUAAGGUCCUAGAAGUUGGUACAGAAAAGAAAAAUAUGUCACCUGACUCUGAAAUAGGCUAUACAAAAGUAGAUGUUAUGCAUGAGGAGAUCUCUAAAUUUGUUCCAAAUGCAGUUGAUGUAAGUGAAUGCCAGUCUGGGAGUGUAGAGGGAUGCUCAAAGCAUUUAGAUGAAUCAGAAAAGGCCAACUCUCCUGUUGGUACUGAUAUUAGACCUGAUUUCUCACUGUUGAAUGGGGAAAUACACCUUGACAGCCUAUCAGUUAAAGAUCUUCAGGAGAUUUUUCAGGCGACAUUCGGAAGACAAACUUCUGUGAAAGACAAACAGUGGCUAAAAAGGAGGAUUAUUAUGGGAUUGACUAAUUCUUGUGAUUUUUCAACCACAACACUAGUAGUUAUUGGUAACAGAGUGGUGAAGAGAGGUAAGGAUGAAACCGGUCAACGUAUGGAUGGUUCUGUUUUGGUUGAUUGUGUAGUUACAUCUGCUCUGGAGACAAAUGAAAGACCAAACACUGUCCAUGAUGAACAAAUUGAAACCCACCCAACUGGUAAUGCAAUGGCAUUACAAAGUUCUGCUAGUCAGGAUAAUUGUGAGAGUAAUGAGACUGACACAGAACAUAGACCAGUAAAAAGAGUUCGAAAGCCCACAAGACGGUAUAUUGAAGAAAUUUCUGAAGGAGAAUCCAGAGAUUCUGGUGCUCAAACUGUCUCCUCAGUUGAACCUCCGGCAUGUGACCAGUCAUCUGCACAAGUUUGUGUUAGAUCUAUUCAGAAUUUUGGACUGGAUCAAAGAUAUCUCCUCAGGAAAGAUUCUCUUGGUGGUUUUGGAAUUCAGGUUCCAUAUGUUAACCGCAUUCGCCGAAGCCGUCCAAGGAAAAAUUUUGUGACCCUGGUAAAGUCUGUUGUCUAUUCGGAAAGAUGCACUUCAGAAACAGAAAGGAAAACCCUUCAGUUUGAGCAGGAAGUAAAAAGUACGGAAUCAUUGAAGGCUAAUUUAGAUGAUGAUGUUGCCACUGUACCCACUGCAAAUGGAGGAAUGAGGAGGAAGCAUCAUCGACCUUGGACACUUGGUGAAGUUGUUAAACUGGUUGAGGGAGUUUCAAAAUAUGGUGCUGGUAGAUGGUCAGAGAUCAAACGCCUUGCAUUUUCUUCGUAUUCUUACCGAACAUCAGUUGACCUAAAGGACAAAUGGAGGAAUCUCCUGAGAGCUAGCAUGGCUGAAUCACCCAUGGGAAACGGGGUUCAGAAUACUCGGAAGCACGCGUCAGUUCCCAUUCCUACUGAAAUUCUGUCGAGAGUGAGAGAACUUGCUGAUAUACAUACACAGAAACAAAGCAUCAAUGGGGUCAGACACUUGUGUAUUUGUUGUGACAGGUCACAGGAUUCGGGUGCUCAGAUGCCAUCGGUCAUGAGGUUUUUGUUCCAAAUUCCUCUGUAAUAGAUGUUUAGUUAACAGUUAAUCGCUAAAUAAAUCACUGAUUUUGAUC